AUGGCAUUUCCGAAACCAGCAAACCCCUUCUUCAUUGUGCCUUGGAUGGCACUACUACCAUGGUAUGGAAUGCUGAUAGCUAUGCUCGUUAGUUGGGCGGUACAAGGACAUCCGAGGUAUUGGUUCAUGUCUGAAAAUGCGAAUUUCGUGUAUAUCAGCGAUAUAGGGGCUACAAAACUCCAACCGUUGUUCAUAGCUGGCUCAUCCUGGCAGGGUUUUUGGUACUGUGUUUCGGUUGCAUGUGAGUAUUUUCAACGGUCUGGACAUUGGCCGUUCAUAUUUUUGGCCUAUCAUCGCGCCUCAACUCAGCUGUAUCCAAUGUCCAGCUCCAGUGGUAUAGAGAGUGCACCUUCAGUUAGAGUUCGGUAUGCUGAUCUGUUGGUGAACCAAAAUUAUUUGAUGCCCCCAUACUAUACAGUUUUUGAACGGAAUAUGAUAGUUGCAUCAUUUUUCUUUGGAGUCUUUGGUGAGUUAGCGCUCCUUAUGUGCUCGAUAUUUUCUACUGCAAAACACCAUACAGUACACUUGACAAUGGUUGGUCUUUUUAUUGCGCUGAUGUAUUUUUCGAUCCUGUGCAACCUAAUUGAAUAUUUUUCAAUGGGCCGUCAUUAUGCAUUAUUGCAUCCCUUAGCCGGACCGGAGAUCAGAUUGCGGAAAACUUCUUGCAAUCACUGGCCUGGUCAUAUUUGGAACAAGUUUACUAUCAGCGCUAUAUUUAAGACUAUAUGGCUGGCUCUAGCAACUUUGUGGGCCAUAUUCUUUGGUAAGUUCAAUGAUAGCUCCGUAGGUAGCUCUUUCGAAUGGGUGCUGGCCUUUUGGCUAGGCAUUUACCUUAUAAUAGUGUGUGUGGAUUUUUACUUGGGUGGAAGAUACAAGGAAUCAAAGUAUUUCCGUCAAAUAGAAUCUUUUGAAGGUCAUUACAAAUAUGAUCGAUUAGUCCUUGGUGAAGUUAAAAUGCACCUGGAACAAUUUGCGCAAUCUCCAGCUCGUCCGCAUUAUUCUGAUGCGGACGAGCUGGAUAUUGUCGUGUAG